AUGGGACCCGAAGACGGCAGUGCCCCGCCACUCAGGAAGGUCCGGUCGGCAUGCCGCCGAUGCCGCCAGAAACGUGUCAAGAAUUUGGCCACCCUAUGUCCCGAGUUUGACCUGUCGCAGGGGCCAAAGGUCAAUGCAAACUUUAUGGAGAGCUUGAACGUGCCGCAGGACCGCCUGAACACCAUGAAUAUCGCUUCCGUCCCACGAAGACGUAUCUCAGAACCUCCCAGUAACGACGAAAGUCUGGAAGAUGCAGCGGCGAAUAAACGCUCUCACUCGGUGAUGGAGUCGGACGCCGACUCCCCACUUUCUGCCAAAGCACGCUCUGUGGCGAUCGAUCUCGGGAUGCUUUCAUUGCAAUCAGACUCGCGUCAGAAGCACUAUCUGGGGUCAUCCUCUGGACUACUCUUCGCCAAGCUCAUGGGUCUAGAUAAUGACAUACGACCGGAACAAGGCGCAAGCCAAGCACGUCGACUUACUCCGCAGAGGAUAUCAGCCGAGAUCUACCGGUCUCUCUAUGAUCAAUUGCGACAGGAUCUCCCAUCCCCUGAAGAAGCAUGCCUUUUAUUAGAAGUUUACUUCCAAAAUGUCCACGUCGAUCAGCCAUUCCUCCACCCUGCAUCCUUGAUCAACGCAUAUCAUGCAUUGUACAUGUGUGCUCAGGCAGGGCAUAAUGAUUCAGUGGAUCGGAAUGGUUGGAUUGAUUCCGUUGGUCCAUUUAGCUACAAUGGUCGGAUGGAUAUGGUUGCAGGCUAUAUCAGCACCCCGAUUUCUAUUGCCACUGCCGUAUUCCAUGUCUUCAUGGCAUUUUCUUUGUCGGCAACGAUACUGACAAGGAAGAAAAACUACGAUUACUCUCCCACUCGCUUCCAUCGUAUGGCGAUGUUAACGGCCUCGGAAACAUUUUCCAAUAUCUCAGUCACAUCGCUGCAAGCCAUCUUAUUGCUAGCUUUGCAGAGUCUUACCGAGCCCGCCGCUGUGAAUCUGUGGACAUUAACCCACAUUGCAAUGUCACACUGUAUAGACCUGGGACUUCACCGGGAGCCAAGCGUAUCUGACUUGCCAGCUGGUGCGAGAGCUCUGCUGAGAUUCAUUUUUUACACUGUUUACUCCCUGGAUCGGUCUGUUGCCACCAUCCAAGGUCGCCCACUGGGAAUUCGUGAUGAAACCUUCGACAUUCGACCACCAGAUGAAUCGGAUGUUACAGAAGUUAUGUCCUUGGCAGGCAGUGAUUUAAUUAUCAAGCUGCCGAUGCAUCAGGUUCUCGCGCUGUCAAUAUCAAGGUUCCGACUAGACCAGCACAUAUCACAGAUCAAGCUGUUGCUAUACCAUCUACCAACGCGGAACCAAAGCUUUGUCUGGCCGACAAAUCUCUCAGAGAUUCAAACCAGGAUCAAGUCCGAGCUUGACCACUGGCUUCUCAGUGUUCAAAGAAUUGUCCCAGCCGAUGAUGUGACUGAUGAUGAGAAGCUCGACUUUCAAAUCCAGAAGAUGAGACAUGAACAAUUGUACCAUUCCGCCAUUUCUCUUCUUUUCCAGCCGUCUCAAAUGUUCCCAUCGCCCAGCCAGGAAGCAUUGAGACUAUGCUAUCAGAGUUGCAGCAAGCGCUUACAAAUAUAUGAUGCAGUCAGCAAUCAGGACAUGCUCUAUUAUAAUUGGCGCAACAUCCACGGGAUCUUCUCCUCCGGCGCAACUAUUGUGUACUGUGCUUGGGCUUCGCGAGAUCUACAACGUACACUGCCCUUUGCAAAAUUGCUCCGCGACUUGCGAACCUGCUCCAACCAUCUUAGUAUCGGUAGCCAGUGGUGGCCUUCCGUGCGCAGUGGCAAAGAGAGUUUCGAGAUGAUGAUCGACUUGAUCAUCAAAUAUUUCAGCGACAUACAGCUCCAGAUUCAAGAUUUACCUCCACCACCUCAGAAGCAACAACGACCUACCAGCUCUCGAACAGAAAGCUCGCUGCUUCCCCCUUCCUAUAGUAGCGUCUCUGGCAUAGAAGAAUAUCCAUCCGGGCCAGAGACUUCCCGUGGUAACCAGGAACAAAUGCGGCCUGGUCAAUCUGUUUUCAAUGAUCAAACACAAUUAUUUGCGACAUUGAACGAGGCACAACCAUCAUUCGGAAAUAUGGACAUUUCUACGUCGGCAAAUUCCUUACAAGAGUUCGAUAUGCCGACAAUCGAAGCUGCCAUGGAAAGCUUUAUGGCGGAGUACUUGCAUGAAGACUGGGGAUGGGAUCCUUUCUCGAGUUCUACAGGGGUGUUUGACAACCAAGGCUCUGGACCUGUGUAG